GAUGAUACGUAUAUAAAAUCAAUUUCUUCGGCAAAGGAGGCACUUUAGAUUCGAAGAACGUAUUUGCAGAAGAAACAACGGUCAGUAUGAAGCUCUACACGAUCUUGCUGUGCGCAAUUCUUUGCAUCAGCUUCUUCUUCUGUGGGUCAACACAUGGAGAAGUUUUGCCAUAUCCAGGCGAUUGCACAAAGUACCAACAUUGCGAUGCGAGCGGAUGUUUUGUAUUAUCGUGUGGUGCAGGAACGGAAUUCAAUCCAAAUAUUGGAACUUGCGACUACCCUCUAGCAAACCGCAUGGAUUGUAACAAUCGUGGAUAUUGAUAGAUAUUUAUGGUGGAAGUUGAUGUUACAUUGGCAUUAUAUUGCUCCAAUGAAGAGAUACACAAGCAAAGUAGUGAAAAAGUGAAUUGGGCCAUUGUUCCUUUUGCAAUUAUUUUUAUCGAGGUGGAUUAAUGAAAUAAAAUUUAUUAUAUUUGUGAACCAUUUAGAAAUUGUGCCUAUUGAUGGUUCUAAUUAAAUUAUAAUUUUAUAUGUAAAAUUAUAUAAUCUCUAUUACACGUACAUAUGUGAAUUUUAUAACUGAAUCGUGGAUAGAGAAAUAAAAUAAGUAUAUAAAAUGUAUUAAUAAAGAAUUAAAAAUAAGUAAUGCA